CGAGACCCGCCAAUCUUUUCAUCCGCAGUUCGACCAUCGCUUCCUCGUCGACCAACACACCGCAGCCAUGGCGACCGAGUUGACCGUCCAGUCUGAGCGCGCUUUCCAGAAGCAGCCUCACAUCUUCCUCAACGCGAAGACCAAGUCCAAGUCCAAGAAGGUUGGCUCUGGCCGUCGCUGGUACAAGGAUGUCGGUCUGGGCUUCCGUACCCCCAAGACCGCCAUCGAGGGCUCCUACAUCGACAAGAAGUGCCCCUUCGUCGGUCAGGUCUCCAUCCGUGGCCGUAUUCUGACCGGUCGCGUUGUCUCCACCAAGAUGCACCGUACCCUGGUCAUCCGCCGUGAAUACCUCCACUACAUCCCCAAGUACAACCGUUACGAGAAGCGCCACAAGAACCUGGCUGCCCACGUCUCCCCCGCCUUCCGUGUUUCUGAGGGUGACUGGGUCACCGUUGGCCAGUGCCGUCCUCUGUCCAAGACUGUCCGCUUCAACGUCCUGCGCGUCCUUCCCCGCACCGGCAAGGCCGUCAAGGCUUUCUCCAAGUUCUAA